CCUAAGAGAGUCUAAUAAAAUAUCAGCGGGAGAGUUCAUCUCUCCCGUGGACUAGUCCUGACAAUCGGGGAUACCACGUAAAUUUCGUAUGUUGCGUACUCUGUUAUGUAUCUCCGAUUGUCACAAGAUCAAUUGUAACAGAGUACGCAACACACUAAAUUUACGUGGUAUCCCCGAUUGAUUCUUACUUGAUAAUAUUGAGUUCAUAUUCAAUCUAUGCACGUUUUCAUGAUUCAAUUAUACUUUAGUCGAGAUUAUUGAUUCUGCUUUGAUCCUAUGAGAGCGAAUACCUGAUUAGGUCAAUAGAGCACCAUAGAUUAAUAGUAUUGGAUCGAUUGCUUUAGUCGAGGGUUGAUUCACUGCUUUGUAUCGAUUGAGAACCUCUUUCGAUAGAGGGAGUCUAGUUUAGAACGCCUUGAUCGGUUGUUCUAGAGAAGGAUACGUCCCUCUAGGCAAUUGACUCAAGAGAGCCUUGUUCCUUUAGUCGAGACUCAAGGUCUAGUCAAGGAUUCUCCGCAUUGUGAAUGAAAGUGAACCAGGUUAAAGAUCAUCAAUCAUUAAUCUGGCUAGUGGCUAGGGGGAAUCAUACCUAAGUGAGUUCCCAACCUGUAAUUAGAUUAACUUUAACUGUAGUUUGUUAGAGUAGUUUUAGUUCUUCCAUCUUAAUCUGGUUUGCUAGAUAAUGAAUUGAAGCUGAGUAAUAGUAACUCUAAAGACCCGUGGAUUCGAUAUUUAUUACUUGAGCCACUAUACUGCAGUCCCUUUCAUUGGUUACACUUGGCCAUUGUUAGGUGUCGUGUUUUAGCGUGUCAAGUAGUCAUCACAUCUAGGACCCGAGUUGACACUAAAACCCAAACCCGAUAUACUACGCUUUAGGAAGUGGUUGCACUUGGCCAUUUUCUAGAGUGACAGUAGGAGUGAGUCACUCUGCCUCAUCUUUGACCAUUCUCCCAUAAAAUAGAAACUUCAAAAGCAUUGAGUUUUUAAAAAAAAUUCUUAAUGGACUUCAAAACCUAAAACUCAUAAGUAGAAAAACUUUGUGGCUAAUUUAAAAUGCCCGUUAGUUAGUCUCCUUGAGGAAUUGUCUUAUUAAAAGGUUGCCACCUAGUAUUAUAUACUACAAGGAAGGGUGCAAUCAUGCUACUACUCUCGAUGUGGUACAUCAUCCACCAGUUUUGCAGAGUAGGGUGGGGUAAGGUGGAUCAUCAACAAGAUCCAUAUCCGCCUUGUUCUAUCAACGGAUCGAGUCAUGAUUUGCCCCGUUUUUGCAGGGGUAAGAUUUUAUCCACCCCAUUAUGGAUCAGAGUGGAAAAUAUUCGUCAGAGCGGAUCUAGAUUGCUCUCCAUGUCUCCAAAGCCAAGAAAUCUAGAAGCACUUUAACCAGCCAGUGUUGGGAUUUUUAAUGGCGUGAACGGAAAUGAGCCAAGAGAAGCUCUUGAAUUCUGUCAAUUGAUUUGAUUAAAUCUUUUGGUGAUAGGUUAAAAUGGUUUGUGUAACCAACUAGACCAAAAUGAUUUGAACCGAACCGAUGUGGCUGUUGGAGUGAACCAACCGUUCCAACUACUAUAGGACGAACCGAUGCAAUGGUUCAUUAUUUUAAAAUGAACCAAUGUGUUGGUUGGGGUGUAACCACCCACCCGAAGGAUCACAUCGCUUUAUUUUCUAUAAAUAGUACCAUCCCCUCUGUUUUCAUACACAAAUUUUCCCUAAAAGUGAUGAAGUAGAAUUAAUGAUACCAACUACUUUUUGUAGUAUUUGAGACGAGAACGAAAUCUUAAUUCAUAUUAUGAGAAGAGUUCAAGGGAAAAAAUUAUGUUUGAAUUUGGAAGAAUUCAAGUUGAAUUUUUUAUGCAAAUUUUGUUACCAAAUUUGUAUGAGUUUCAAUUCCAAACUUGAAAAUUACAAAACUUUGAUUCAUGUAAUCAAGUUGUUUGUGUUGUGAUCUUGUACUGAAUUGAUAUAAUAUGGAGGCAAGCAUUAUUGAGACAUGGAGAUCAAAGAUCCUAUUCCUCAUCUUGUGUGUGUCACACGAUCUGGUUCUAAUAGCUAUAAACUUUGUUGUCUACGAUACUAGCUACUCGAAUCUAGGACAAGUGUACCCUAAAUCGGCGAAAUAGUAUAGCGAUGACCGAUGUAUUCCGCGGGAACUCUAGGUCUACUACUACUCUCGGCCUUGGCUACUUUGGGGGUGUAUUUAAUUUUUGUUAUUUUUUUGUCUCAAGAGACCAUUUUGCGGUAUUUAAGUUUUGGAGGAACCACUUUGGUAUUUAACCGCAUAAUGUGUGGGGACUGGGGAAAGAAGAUUGAGAUGUGUCAUGAAAUAUUAGGUGGCGUAAAAUGAUUGGCCGGAAGCAAAAAAAAUAAGAGAAAUUAAGAGGACAAACCGUAAGACCGGAAAAGAGAAACAUAAAUAGGAUUCAUAUUCCGUUCAUUUUCUUGCAAGAUCCACCGUCCCUCCAAGCCACCGUCUCACCAGAGUCCAGAACCAGAACCACUCCAAAGCGCAGAAGCUCUUUCUCCCGCCAUUCGUGCACCCUGAGCAGAGGUCUGCUCUCCACAACUGAACUGAGAUUUGAAUCGCCGAUCGCCGGAAUUUUCGAGAUUCUGCAGAAAGCUACGUACGGUAUUUUGCCUCCUUCCCCUGGAUCCAGUCCGCGAAGGAGAGCGGAAGCAGCAGCAGUAGUGGCACGAGGAGGAGAGUUAGAGUGUAAGAGGAAGGAAAGAUGAAUAUAUUCAGAUUAGCAGGUGAUAUGACUCACCUCGCCAGCGUUCUCGUCCUGCUGCUCAAGAUCCACACCAUUAAGUCUUGUGCUGGUACGUAUGCUUCUUUCUCACCUCCGUAAUACUCCGAUAUUUUGGAGCGUCUCAAGAGAUGGAGGUCUGUAAUUUGCUAAACGAAAUAGUAGGUAAGAGGUAUCUUGAGGGGCGAUACGUCAGUAUUCAGAAAUGUGGGAGGAGAUCUGGAUUGGAAUGAUUGAAUUGGGUUUAAUUUGGCUAGAUAUUGCUCAUUUGCGGUCACAGUUUAUGCUACGCUCGUUUCUUGCUCAAUGAAACUGGGUUAAAUGGUUACCGAUUUACAACUUCCCUGGCCUUGCUUCGUGCUGGAUUGGCAUGGCAUGUUGAGAAAUAGGGGGAUGUACCAGUUGAGAUCUAUUACAGGGAAGGGUUUGAAUGAUUUGCAAUCUAUUUUCCAGUUCCAUAGCUUCUCUAAUGUUUCUAAUUUCAAGCAGCUGAGUUAGAGUAAUGUUUGCUUUCAGUGUAGACUCAUUCCAACCUUGGUUGUACUGAGUUCUUGGACAACGGGACCAGAUAUAGUAUGAUUGAUACUGUGUUGAAUUCCCAAUGAUAUGUUUGACACUCUAAAGACGUUGCGGUGAUCACCUAGAUAAUGGGUUUUUAACUGCUAGGUUCUAUGUUUUUCAUUAAUCUAACUGGGACGCCGUUCAUAUUGAUUCUAUACUUCUCAAUUGUGACCGGCUCUUUAUUGUAUGCAGGUGUCUCUUUAAAGACCCAGGAACUAUAUGCACUUGUUUUUAUCACUCGCUAUUUGGACAUGUUUACCUCUUUUGUAUCCAUCUAUAAUACCAUCAUGAAGUUAAUAUUCUUAGGAAGCACAUUCUCAAUUAUAUGGUACAUGAAACACCACAAGCUUGUCCGGAGAUCUUAUGAUAAGGAUCAAGAUACCUUCCGCCACUGGUUCCUCGUCCUCCCUUGUCUGCUCUUGGCCCUUCUUAUUCACGAGAAAUUCUCAUUUCUGGAGGUGAUGUGGACAUUUUCCAUAUUCCUAGAAGCAGUUGUCAUACUUCCUCAGCUUGUACUGUUGCAGCGAACCAGAAAUAUUGACAAUUUGACAGGUCAAUAUGUGUUUCUGCUUGGUGCUUACCGGGCCCUUUAUAUACUCAACUGGAUCUAUCGUUACUUCACAGAGCCGAACUAUGUUCACUGGAUAACUUGGAUUUCAGGGCUCGUACAAACGUUGCUGUAUGCCGACUUCUUUUACUAUUACUUUGAGAGUUGGAAGAACCACAAGAAGCUCCAGUUACCAGCAUGAGUUAUCUCGUAUGCUAGCUGAAGAUUUGUAGGCCCGUGGAGACAGGAUUC